AGAACAUGGGACUGUGACAAAGCGUUUUUUCAUCUUUGCUGAUUUUUACAAUCGUGUGACGUGUGUUUAUUAUCUUUUCAAACACGCGUAGCGACCAGUCAGCGCUAUUUCUCUCUCUUUCUAAUUACUAUUUUAACAUCCACUGUUUUGACGCUUGAAUUACUUCUAUUUCGAUCGCCGUUCGAUCUUUAUAGUGAUCUUUAGGUAGUUUGCCGUGCACAUUUGUCGCAGUCUGUCAAACGUUCAAAGUGGGAGCCUUGAAAUUCCGGAUUAUCGACCGUUUCGUUCACUCGCUCGCUCCUUCUCUAAUCACCUUUGUACUCUCGGCGAUCAUCCACGAAUUGCCGAGACGCGUAGCGGUGGGUCUCGAGACAGUAGAGGUAUUAUCGGGUCCUUCGCGCCAUAUCGUAAUGACUCGUCGGCGCACGCAACAUUAACUGCUCCCCGGCAAAGCGUCGUAUUCACGGACGUGAAACUCGUGCCCGCCGACGAGCUGCACGCCGCUCAAUCGGCUCAAUUCGCUCCCGACAGUCUGCUGCCGCGCUAUGACUGUUGAGUCUCGCGUGACGGACGUGACCGUUCCCGAUUCUUUGUCUGCGUCAAUCAUCUUUUUAUCCCGUCAUCAUCGUCGGUGGUCUACCGUCGUUUCGUCCGUCGAAUAAAACAUGAGCGUGAGACGUCGAAAGCUGAGAACUGAAAAUGAAGAGGAGCGCGAUAAUGAAUUGGCAUCCUACCAGAAGAAAAUCAUCAGUCAGCCUGGAAAGAAAUACUUCACCAUGCUAGUAGUACUUGGUACAUUGUUCCUAGGUUACGUAGCCAUAGCGAAUGACUUAAAGCCCAUCAGAAUAGGCAGUAAGGCUAUUGAUACCCUAGCACUUUCAUUUAAUUUACAAAAACCGUUCUACGUGGUCGUCAUCGAUGCUGGAUCUACUGGUAGCCGCGUAUUAGCGUUUAGCUUUCAUGAGUCCAUUCUCAAUGGCAAUUUAGUGCUUGAUAAUGAAUUAUUCAAAGAAAUAAAACCUGGCUUGAGCUCGUUUGCCGACAAACCGGAGGAUGCCGCAAAGUCUCUAACUACACUUCUGAACGAGGCGAAGGCGGUGAUUCCACAGUCGGAAUGGCCUCGUACGCUGCUGACGAUGAAGGCCACGGCAGGGCUGAGGUUGUUGCCGGAGCAUAAAGCCAACGGCAUACUAGAGGAGUGCAGAAAGUUGUUCCAAACAUCCGGAUUCCAGAUCGCGAGAAAUUCUAUCUCUGUAAUGGAAGGCACAGACGAGGGAAUCUUUUCCUGGUUCACCGUCAAUUUCCUACUGGACCGCUUUAACUCACUAAGCUCUCAGACUACCGUGGCUGCGUUGGAUCUCGGCGGUGGUUCUACGCAAGUUACGUUUCAACCGGACAGCGUCCAGGCGAAAAAAUUGGAAAAACAUGUUUACUCCAUCAAUGUAUUCAAUCACAACAUGAGUCUGUACACGCACAGUUACUUAGGCAUGGGUCUAAUGGCCGCCAGAAAGGCGAUUUUGACUUAUAACAUGAAUCUUGAGGAUACAAAUCUCAAAGUUCCCAUAGAGAUACAUUCCGAGUGCAUCAAUCCGAUCGUGUCUACUGAGUGGUCUUACCAAGAGCGUGAUUACAUUGUAAAAGGUCCAAUAAAUGGCACAUACAAAUUAGUUAAAACACAAAAUUUUGCUGGCGGAGAUGAGAACAAGCCGAUUGUACGCUUUGCGGAAUGUUUAAAGAUUAUUGAGAAAUAUGUUGGUACUCUCACAGAAAAACCAAUAGGUUUGAAGGAUCACGAAGUAUACGCGUUUUCGUACUACUUUGAACGUGCGACUGAGGUAGCAUUAAUAGAUCCAUUUUUGGGCGGAAUGGUGCAUUUGAAUUCAUUUUUUAAACAAGCCAUGGAGACGUGCGACUAUCCAAACACAGAUCAGCCGUUCAUGUGCUUAGAUUUGACAUUUAUUUAUGUUCUGCUAAGAGACGGAUUUGGUUUGGAACCGUCGACUAAGCUAUAUCUUUAUAAGAGGAUCAAUGGCCAUGAAUUAAGUUGGGCAUUGGGAGCAGCGUUCAAUGUUCUCCAAAAUGGACUUUGACAUUUUAUUGUUCUAUUAUCGUUAGUUGAGUUUUAUUCUAAAUUUGUAAUUGAAAAGACAAAGCGGAGGAACAUACAGUUAAAGAAAAAGGAAUAUGUAAAAAUAUAUCUUUACAUUUUUGUAUAAACAAACUUUGGAUUUAAUGAAACAUUUGAUAAUUACUGACGCUCACCGCACAAUUGCCUAAUCGUACAAUUGUCUAAACAUCUCUCUUACAAUUUAAAGGAAAGCAGUAUUUAAUGUAUGCUUUUAGAUAUGAGUAUAAUAUAUUUUUAUCUGAAAAUGUCACAUUAUCUUAUCUUACGGGAAACAUACCGUUACAUAUU